CGCGGUGCGGGGCCCCAGGCGGCGGAGUAUGCGCGGGCCUCGGCGGCCAGCCCCGGCGCACAGCCGCGGCCGGGGCGCGCGGCGCGGGGCGGAAAAGCCUGUUUACACAGACUGCACACCGCCUGGGGAAUAAUGCAGUAAAGGAAGUGAGCCGGCUCGGCCUGACUGCUCCAACUUCCUGCUCUCACACACACCAGAGGAAAAAAAAAAAAAAAAAAAAGAGGAGCGAGAGAAAGAAAAAAAAAGGGGGGAAAAAUCAGGAUCUCAUUACAAGAGCAACAGACCGUCUGCAGACGCCUGUCAGCAUGGAAAGUCGGGGACUUUCGCCCGGUUCCUCCUAGAAAUUCCCCCGAAGAAGGAUCUUGAAAACUCCCCCGCAUCUGGGUAUGGAGAGUGCAAUCACGCUGUGGCAGUUCCUGUUGCAGUUGCUGCUGGACCAGAAACAUGAGCACCUGAUCUGCUGGACCUCCAACGAUGGUGAAUUCAAGCUCCUCAAAGCAGAAGAAGUGGCCAAGCUGUGGGGACUCCGGAAAAACAAAACAAACAUGAACUACGACAAGCUGAGCAGAGCCCUGCGAUACUACUAUGACAAGAACAUCAUCAAGAAGGUGAUCGGGCAGAAGUUUGUGUAUAAGUUCGUCUCUUUCCCGGAGAUACUGAAAAUGGACCCUCACGCGGUGGAGAUCAGCCGGGAGAGCCUUUUGCUGCAGGACAGCGAGUGCAAGGCGCCCCCCGAGAGCCGCGAGGCCCACAGACAUGGCCUGUCCGCCCUCAAGAGCGCCAGCCGCAACGAGUACAUCCACUCGGGCCUGUACUCCUCCUUCACCAUCAACUCCCUGCAGAACCCACCGGAGUCCCUCAAGGCCAUCAAGACGGAGAAACUGGAGGAGCAGCCGGAAGACAGCCCUCCCGUGGAAGAAGUCAGGACUGUCAUCAGGUUUGUGACCAACAAAACCGACAAGCACAUCAGCAGGCCCGUGGUGUCCCUGCCCUCCACGUCCGAGGCCUUCCUGGCCUCGUCCGUCUCCGCCAAGAUCUCCUCGUUAAUGUUGCCAAAUGCCGCCGCCAGCAUCUCGUCUGCCUCACCCUCCUCCUCUCGGUCCCCGUCCCUGUCCCCGAACUCGCCCCUCCCCUCCGAACACAGAAGCCUCUUCCUGGAGGCCGCCUGCCAUGACUCGGAUUCCCUAGAGCCCUUGAACCUGUCAUCGGGCUCCAAGACCAGGUCUCCAUCUCUUCCCCCAAAGGCCAAAAAACCCAAAGGCUUGGAGAUCUCCGCGCCCCCGCUGGUGCUCUCCGGCACCGACAUCGGCUCCAUCGCCCUCAACAGCCCGGCCCUUCCCUCGGGAUCCCUCACCCCAGCCUUCUUCACCGCCCAGAGCACCUUACUGACAUCACAAAACCACCGAGGGGCCCCUCCUAGUCAGCAAAGGUACAAAACCACCCUGGCCAGGGCGCUUGGCUCCGCUGAGAAUAAAAGCCAUGCAGACUUGCCAGCUGGGGCGACACCAAAUGGAUUGCUUCUGACCCCGAGCCCACUGCUGUCCAGCAUACAUUUCUGGAGCAGCCUUAGUCCAGUUGCUCCACUGAGUCCUGCCCGGCUGCAAGGGCCAAACACGCUGUUCCAGUUCCCUACACUGCUUAAUGGCCACAUGCCAGUGCCAAUCCCCAGUCUGGACAGAGCUGCUUCUCCAGUACUGCUUUCUUCGAACUCUCAGAAAUCCUGAUGACAUCUGGCCACAAUUAAAGACUCAUUAACUGAUGAAACAAAUUUGUCCCCAUGGGCUAGUUUACCUGUGUCGUGAGAAGGACGUUGUGAAACCCGUCUGUUAAUUUGGUUUGCACUUUUCAUAACAUGGAUGGUCUAGAUUUAUGUUAGCAUUUUAAAAACUUUUUUAUAUUCAAGUAUAUAUGAAAAUCUGUUUUGCAUUAAGUGAAUUUUAAUGUUUUUGUUUUUAUAUCUUCUUAGCUCUUAAGUGUUGAACACUGUUGACAGUGAAGAACUUUUCUUAAUGGUUUUCAAUGUAACUAAUAAGGAUGUGAAGCUUUUUUCCUCUUUAAUUCUGCAUAUGCUGAACUGUGCUUAUAUACACUAUAACCAGCUGUGCCUUCCUUUGCAUUUAGUUUAAUGUAAAUGAUUUAUAUAUUUUUUAGUAUUAAGAGAAAUUGUUUGAAAGACAAAAAUUAGUAUCAAACAGCUCUCUAGUAGAAUUUCAUUAUUUUUCACAAGUAGGCAAUAUGAAAGCAUUCAUAUUACUUCUUUUUUGCUUUCAACUGUAUGAGAAUUGCCUUAGAACCCUCUUUUGAACUGAAAUUCAGUGAAUAUAAUGUCCAAGUAAUGUUUUUAUAAGAAAAAACUAAGCCAUAUUUAGACAAUAAACUUUCAUAAAAGAAAAUAUUCUAAAGUGCAUUUUUUGAGAAAUGAACGUUGAAAGGCUAGCUUCCUGUUUACAAUCUUUUAGACUCCUUCCAAACAAAAACCUGAGAUGGAAAAGCUAUAUAAAGUUCACUCUAUCCAUGCCCCUGGAAUAUUUCCUAGUUUAGCAUAUUCUUGUUUAAAAAAAUUAACCUGGUUCUCCCAGUUUUCCAUAGAGAAUCAUACCUCUCUUUGACGCAUUUACUGUAGCGUUAUGUUAGGGUUUCUCUAAACCCCAGAAACUAUAAUUAACGUUUAAAAAUCCUAUGCUUUGGAAGAGGUUCACAGACUGGUGAUGAAUACAAAUAACAAAGAAACAAUUUUGUAGAAACAAUUUUUUUGUAACACCAGGUGUCUUCAUGUGUAUAGGUAUACCCUUGCUUGUGGAAAUUGAGAGGUGUAGGAUACACUGCUUUAUGUAUUACUGUUUAUGGUGAGAAUGAAGGAAAACUGAUAAAAGAAAUAUAAAAUUCUUCAGGAACCUCAUCAUUGUGGAACUGAACUGAUUAUAUAACAAUUUGGAAUGCUCAGCAGUAAAUUCUUCUGUGCAGUGUAGUUUAGAGCAGUGAUAAUAGAAACAUAUUUUCUGUUCCUUCAAAAAAUCAGCAGGCACUAGUCUACAGUGCCAUUCUGUAUAUGAAGUAGUAAAGUUCUAAUGUAAGAUAAAAGAACUGGAAAGUGCCCAGUGCUUUCAAUUCAAUAUUAAAUUAAUUAUCAUCCUUAACUAUAACAGAAACCAAUUUGAAAUGUGGCUAAAUAAUUCGAUCCAAAUGAGGCAUUAAAUGGCAGGGAUUAUGAGAAAGGGUAAAAAAAUAAAGGUUGCCAAAACAAAUAUUCUUGAAUUUUCAGGAAAUCUAAAAUUUUGUUUUGACACUUACAAAGCUUGAGAUUUUCAAGUGGAAUUGAGCAUCUCUGUGUUUGGGGAUGUAUGCCCUUAUCUGGGGGGAAAAAAUCCAAACACUCCAAUAUGCAUCUUUGAAUAUAAAAUAAUGGGCCUGGUUCUAAAAUCUCCAAAUAGACACUACUAUCACUCCCUUAUAGGCUAAGGAUAAUUCUGUACAUUUAAAAUAAAAGAGCUGGUCCAGGGGACUGGUAUUCACCAAACAUAAAAUGUUAGAAGAGGCCUUUGAAAAUGCAUCCAACCACCAUUUCCAGGUUAAGGACACUGCACAGGAGAAGUGGGAGUUGCCUAAGGCUACAUAGUCCAUUAAAGGUAGAACAAUGAUUGGUGCUCAGUCCAGUUCUAGUUCCCCAUGCCUAGCUAUAGGUACUACUGGUCCAAAACUGUAUGUUAGGUAGAAAAAAACAAAAAAAGAGCAUUAAAAAAAACCCAUUUUGUCAGAUAAGAGCACACCUCAAAUUCAAGAUUCUUACAAACUAAGUCAAUGUGCAAAAACCUCAACCAAAAAUAUUAUUUUAAAUGUAAAUGUUGAAUGUAAAUCUGAUUCUUGUACUCCCUUCCUCCAAAUACUAUGAUUAACAUACACUCUAGCUCCACUUACUAGAAAUGGAAAAAUACAAUAAUUUUUGAUGGACCAAAAAACUCACUAUAACACAAACAGAGAACUGGAGGUAUUGAAGUAUAACACUUAUAGCUCUGACUCAUUCUGUGUGUUGGGUUUGUUUUUUUUUUUAAACAAUUAUUUUAGUCAGAAAAUAGGUUUCAAAAAACUUAAGAAAUAACUUUGUUUUCCCCUUUUUAUAUGUUUGCUUGAUCAGUGUUAAAACGCUACGGUAAAGUUUUAUAGAACUAUAACCUAAACGUUGGUCUCUUUGUACACAUCUUUUCUAUGACUGCAAAUCUUCAUUCAACUUUCAUAUAUGUAUCAUUUUUACU